AUGCCGAAAUCAACGAAAAAAACCACUGGGUACGCCCAGAAACUGAAUCCGAAAAUAUACAAGUCGCCCCAUUAUGGCGGCAAAAAUCUAAAGAAUUUUCUCUACAAAAGAGACAGACGCUUUAGUAUCGUUAGCUCGUCCUCUUCAGAGUACAGCGAAGAAAAAAAGCAGAGCGAUUCCGACUCGGAAUCGUCUCUUACAGCCUUGUCUGAGAAAGACGAGCAAUCUGCACUGAGAAAAGGAUCUGUGUUUUUUAGAGGCGAGAAAUUGCCGAGAGCUAGAGCUAAGGCCGUUGGCACAAAGUCAUCGAAGACGGCUAAAAAGAGAGCGCCAAAGAAGGGUCCGAAGGCUUCCUACGCUCAAGUUUUCGAUUCUGACAGAGAUGAAGAGCACUCGAGUGAUGAAUCUGUGGAUCCUGUUGGGCUCACGGGCAUUUACUCAAUGAUGGACGCAAAUGGAAGCGCUGUCGGUGAUUCUGAAUCAGAUUCAGAUGAUUCUAGUGAUAGCCAAGAGGAUGCAUCUUCAGAUGACUCCUCAGACGAUUCUGAAGUCGACUUUGUCCGCCUACAAGCUGAAAGAAGAGCCAAUGCCAAAUCCAAGAAAUCGUUAAAGGCUGUCAAGGCUUUGCAGAAGCAGAAUACAGAGCCAGAAACGAAGAAGAGACGAAAAUCUUCCUAUAGACGUCAAUCAGAACUUCCUUUGCCCGAUAACAUCAACUUUAAAUUUGAAUUCGAUGAAAACAAUGACUCAGUCAUAGAAGAUGACAGUGAAGAAGAUAUGGCCCUUAAUGUUGUGAAAGCACCAAAGCCUGAAGAAGAAGAUGUUGGUGAAGAAAUCACUGACAAUAGAGAAGAUGCGAAACCCUCAUACAAUCUCAAUUUUCAGUACGAUGAGCCAAUUCUCGACGUUCCCAAAAUCAACGAAGAAGAGCUACAAUCCGAUGAUGACUAUGAAUUCGACGACAAUGAUCUCCUUGCAACCCUUCAAGCGGAUAAUGACAUUGAAGACUUCAUGACGAACACUCACAAUGACUCAGAGACGCCUAGAUCGAGACAAAGACUGGUUAGUUCCAUCAACGAAGAUGAAACUUUGGACCCCUUUCUCGAGGAGGAAGAGAAGUAUUUGGUCAAUGAAUUCGAGAUGAAUGGAUUCGAUGAUGAGAAUGAGUUCCCCGCUCAAUCAACUGGAACAGAUUCCUCGAGUGGACUCAAAAAUCAGAGUCAGGAAGAGAAAGGCACCAACGGUGACGAUGACGAGGAGUCUCCAUUUAUCGAAGGCUACCUCGAAGACGAUGAUGAUGACGAUGACGUUGAUGAGUUCAUGGAUUUGAUGGACUUCAGUGCUCCAUUCUUCGAGGAUGAUAGUAAGGAGUCAGAGAGUAGUCUUCUGGAUCUCAAGAGCGAUGGCCUCGAAGGUUCCAUCAAGGAGAAGCCGAAUCAAGUCAAGUCCAGCAAAGGGACAAGCAACAAGAAACGCAGAAAGCCAAAAGGUCCUCUUGACAGUGAAGAGGAGGAUGACUCUUACUUGUGGAAUUACUUCCUCAGUUCGGAUGGAGAUUCCGAUAAUGAAACCAAUACAGAACCAGUUGAUGUCGAGGAACAACUCAUUUUGGAGGAGAUUUUCCGUCAAGAGAAGGAAGCACGCGAAGGACAGACAGAGCGGGAAUUUAGUCUUGAACCUUUGUCGGAGCACGAGUACGACAGCGGGGAAUCUACUGACGUUGACACUUCACUUCCACCCACGUUAAAGAGAAAUCAAACUGGCAGCAAGAUGGCCAAAGAGGUCUUGUCUUCCAAAACAGCCGAUUAUAGGCCGCCUGUUCUCGGAACAUGGGUCGCAAUCGAAAGCAAACCGUUUAGUAUCAUUGAUGGCCUCUCCACACGCACGUUAAAAAGUAACCAAAAUGCACAAAAGAACCCUCGAACCAAAGGAUGGAUGUCUAUCGGUCUCGGAAACAAAACCGAUCACGAGGACGAUGCUAUUGAACUUGAAGAGCUUCUCAAUAUUAGCGAGCUUGACAAUGACGACGAGAACGAUAUCCGUAUCUGGCGAGAUUUCAACAACAGGAAGAAGAAAGUGCCCCUUGGAGCCUUCCGCAAUAAGUCACAUCUUCACGAGCCUGUGCAUGCUGUUCAUGAACCGAUGGUCAACUUCAGCUUGACCAGGAUGAAUAACGACUUCAAUCCAGGAAGACGCAACAGCUCCCAGCGCAGAAAAGACAGGAGAAACAGUAGUGCCAAUGAGAUUCAGUCAAAUUACAAUAGUAUGGAAAGGACACAACACCUGCAAGACAGCGGUGUCCCUAAGCUGAAGAGAAGACGGGCUUCGAAAGCUGACCUGGGGUCGGAGGGUUACAGGUCCACUAAAUCUGGUUUAUUUAGUGCAAAUGUGCUCACUGACGCGGAAGAGGUUAUGGGAGAGGACAGAGACUUCAUCGCAUUAAUCAAGGGUUUGUAG